GGAAGUGUCGCAAACGCCGGAUAUCCGGUUCUUCUGGGCUCUAGGGAAGCUGACAGAGAGGGCCGCCGCCCAGCAGUAGACGCUGUCUCAGCCAGGCUAGCCGCAGUUCCUGUGGUGUGUGAGUGAGCCCGGGCCUGGUCCCUUCUCACGCCGCCGCCAUGGGCUGCACGUUGAGCGCCGAAGACAAGGCGGCGGUGGAGCGGAGCAAGAUGAUCGACCGCAAUUUGCGGGAGGACGGGGAGAAAGCGGCCAAAGAAGUGAAGCUGCUGCUUCUCGGUGCUGGAGAAUCUGGUAAAAGCACCAUUGUGAAACAAAUGAAAAUCAUUCAUGAGGAUGGCUAUUCAGAGGAAGAAUGUAAACAAUAUAAAGUAGUUGUCUACAGCAAUACUAUACAGUCCAUCAUUGCAAUCAUAAGAGCCAUGGGCCGGCUAAAGAUUGACUUUGGGGAAGCUGCCAGAGCAAGGAUGUUUGAUGUGGGUGGCCAAAGAUCAGAACGAAAGAAGUGGAUUCACUGUUUUGAGGGAGUGACAGCAAUUAUCUUCUGUGUGGCCCUCAGUGAUUAUGACCUUGUUCUGGCUGAGGAUGAAGAGAUGAACCGAAUGCAUGAAAGCAUGAAACUCUUUGACAGCAUUUGUAAUAACAAAUGGUUUACAGACACUUCAAUCAUUCUUUUCCUUAAUAAGAAAGACCUUUUUGAGGAAAAAAUAAAGAGGAGUCCACUAACUAUCUGUUAUCCAGAAUACACAGGUUCAAAUACAUAUGAAGAGGCAGCUGCUUAUAUCCAGUGCCAGUUUGAAGAUCUGAACAGAAGAAAAGAUACCAAGGAGAUCUACACUCACUUCACUUGUGCCACAGACACCAAAAAUGUGCAGUUUGUUUUUGAUGCUGUUACAGAUGUCAUCAUUAAAAACAACUUAAAGGAAUGUGGACUUUAUUGAAGAGCAUGGAUGUGAGUGAAAGUUACUGCAGUGUGGAGUGUUGAGACCAGACAUCUUUUGCUGUCUCAUCGGGCAGCUGAAAGCAUGAACGGGACCAGGGAAUGGCAGCAGCAUGCAGAAUCUUAGCAGUCUUUAGCACAAUCUUCUGUAUUAGGGAACUUUUAAUUGACACGAGAUGCUAAAGUCAGACAUUGGAAUUGGAACAACUAUAAAGUAUGAUUUGAUCAUCAAGACAUCACUUGGAUUUCAUAAUCUCAAAUAUUUAGGGCAGAUGUGAAGUUGAGGUGCUGCAUUCCAGAACUUCAAUAUGUAGCUUACUUUUUUUCCCCCCUUCUUAACAAACCACCAGUAGUCAUUUUCAAAUUUUUUUCAUCAAGAGAAUAACUUUACUAAAUUUUAUUUCUUUGUUUGCAAAAGAAUCUUUAUUAAAACACAAAUAAUCUUAACUAUGCAUAUGGUAUGACCAGAUCAUCUUGAAAAUAUUCCUCUUAGUAGGAACUCUUUGUUUUUAACUCUUGGUAUGGUCAGAAUAUAUUGCCAUAAUUACUUAAAAUUCUUUCCAGUUAUUGGGAUUAUAAAUAUAGCUUUUUUGGAUGAAAUUUAUGUUACUAUACUGCUCAAAGUACCUUAUGGUUUCUAAAAGGUAAUUACAUCGGAGAGUUAUGCAGUAAGAAUUCUAGCUCUCUUCUUGAAGCUUAUGGUUGAAGGUUAACCUUGUUUAUGCUGAUUACCAAAUUAUUGGAUAAAUGCUGAUGUGGUAUGAUAAAGUUAGCUUCUUGGAUACUGACACGCCCAUGGCAGCUGCCGAUCAGAAAUGCAAAUUGCUAAAUUCCAAAAAGAACCAGUGACUUUGCUGCUACAUAUUUACUACAUUGACCACUUUGAUUCUUGCUUGUUUGUCUCAGUUGAUAGGGAAUUUGUACAAGUUGCACCUUGUUUUCCAUCUUCAUGGCCUUUUCUGUUGGGAGACAUCUAAAGUGUAUUAACAGUGCAUGCUUUUACUUUGUAAACGUGGUGCCAAAUCCCUGUUUGCCAUUGUUUUUACUGUAGCAAUGUUAACUGUAGUAAUCCUUGGUCAGUACGUUCUUUUGCUAAAACUGUUGCAUUUUGGGACUUUUUUCCACUUUGUCGUGUGUAUAGAUUUUAAUCUGUUAUAGGUGGCAGAAGUAUUAAAAUGCUGAGUAAAGAGCCCA